GAAAAUCAAAAUAAUGCAUAUUGCUUGCAAUUUUUGUUCAAAACCAAACUGGACCAAACUGUUAUCAACACAGAAAAGCAAAGUUAAGGGCCCAAAUAUUCCUUGUGAAAGAGCUGACCCUGCUCCAAUGAAUCUUUUACAGGGUUUUUUUUUUUUUUUUCCCUACUAUAAAACUUCUAAAUAGAAAUAGUCAAAUAGUAGCCAUUUCUGAUCCACUCUGCAGGAAUGGCAUCAUUCAUUCAUUGGGUGUUAAUUUAAGAAAGAAAAAAAGAAAAAAAAAGGCAAUGAAAUGGUAAUGGGUAGAGUUAGAAAUUGGUGGAGCCAUUCAAAAACUGUUGCCUUGAUCUGGUUUUUCUCUAUUGCUUUGUUUUACUCUCUCUUCCAAAUGGCCCUCCAGCAUUCCACCUCCUCCUCUUCUUCCCCUUCAGAUUCUGCUAUUUCAAAUACUGAACGUAGAUCAGCCUUGUAUGAUAAAAUGGAAAGGGAUUUGGAUGAGCAUGGAGCAGCUUUUCUAAAACAUGGUGAAACCUCUCAAUCAUUGUCACUUUCAGAUCUCUUUACUUUGAAAGAUGGAUCUGUGACACCUGUACUUAAGGCAGCACAUCCUCCUGUACGGGCCAAUGUUUUAUACAUGAGCACAGAAUACUCAGUGCCCAUCUCGAAGGCUGUAAAACAAGUAUUUGAUCCAUACUUUGAUAAAGCAAUCUGGUUUCAGAACUCUAGCUUGUACCAUUUCAGCUUGUUCCACGCCUCACAUCAUAUUUCUCCUGUCCCUGCCACUGAAGUUGAGAUUGAAGUUGAAGCGGCUGCUGUUAGAGCUGUUGCAGAGGGUUUAUGCCCUUUAGAAAUUGUCUUAGACAGGGUAGUUUUAACUUCAACUGGCGUACUUCUUGGUUGCUGGCAGGUAAUUUCUGGAACGGAUCCCAUAAGCAUUCGUGCUAAAUUGAGAACAGCACUUCCACGAGCACCAGAGAAGCAACUUUAUGAUGCUGCUAUUCUUCAUACAUCUUUUGCAAGGCUGCUGGGUCACCCUAAAGCUUCAAUCAUGGACCCUCGUGAUACUUCAAAUCAGCUCAAACUCUUCCAUAAUCUAGUCACUCAACUAAACAAUAAAAUCCGUGGAUUUAAGGCGACGGUGUCGGAGCUGUGGUAUGUGGAGGAAUAUGAUGUCUUGGCCCUUGCCUUGAAUGGAAGAAUGAAGCCGCGCAGGUUCCAACUGGGUUGCUCAAUUACCUGAAGUUCCAAAUGCAGAUGUAAUUUUGAGCACAUUUAAUCUUUGGCAGUAUUGUUGCAGAACUAUGUUUAAAGCCAAUCCUCCCUUAUAAAUUUCAUUUCUCCUACACUGUCUAUACUCUAUAGGUUGUAGGCAAAGCUGAUACCAAACUUCAUUGUUCAAUUCAUGGUUUAUUUAAUAUUUCACUUUGGGACAAAGAUUUAUUAAUCUAAUGAAAUGUUAAAAAUGUUACUCUUUCAAGU